CUACAAAGACUUGGAAACUAAGUCGUCCUAAAAAAUUUAGAAUUGGUUAUAAAUAUACAUAUCUCUGGAUCUCAUUUGUGAUAGAUUACAGAUUAGGAAUUGGUUUCACCAAUGGCUUUUCGUAUGUUCCAUCUGGUUUUUACUUAUGUGCUCUCUAUGCCAUUUAUGAUUUUAGUAUCCCCAUCUGAAGUGGGCAACAUGAGCAUCCAUGAUUAUAUCAGUUACGUUAAUCCACCAGCUGUUCACAAUUACGAACAUGACAAUGGAGACAACAUACUCUGUGUAAAAUUUACUGAUCAAAUUUCCCUCCGCCCUGGAAAACAACAAUAUGGUUAUCAUAAGAAGAAUUCAAAUAUGGGCUGGAGGGAUACUCCAGCAGGGGAACCCUCUUCAAAUAUGUCAGGCAGUGAGCUUGGAAAAAGAUGUCCAGAAGGAACAGUCUCUGUUAUGGAGAUAAAGUACGAACAAGUGGAAUCUGCAGGAUCUGUUAAUAAGUUUCUGAGGAGAAAAAUGAUAGAAUCUAAUCAGGUUCAUGAGUAUGCCGUUGCACAAUUUUCAAAUGAGGGAGUGUAUAGAGCCCAAGGAGUAUUCAAUAUAUGGCAACCAUACGUGGCAUCUGAUGGUAUUUUCAGCCUUGGUCAAAUUUGGCUUGUCCAUGAUCAAGGACUGCCUACAAGACAAACAAUCGAAGCUGGUUGGGAAGUUUUCCCUUCUCAUUAUGGCGAUUCCCGACCUAGACUAUUUGUAUACUGGACGGCCGAUAAUUACAAGUCCACAGGUUGCAGAAAUGUAGAGUGUCGAGGAUUUGUGUUGUUCAACGGUGCACAAUACUAUCCAGGCCAACCUAUAGAACAAGAAAUUUUAGAAGGCAAUGCAAUAUGGUCUUUAUAUAUACAAAACAAAAUUGUGGGUUAUUGGCCUGGAGCUUUAUUUAGUUCAUUGGCUGAAUCAACCAAUCUUGUGGAAUAUGGAGGGGAAGUUGUGUAUUCUACCAAUGAUAUAGGAACCCCGCUCUCGAAAACACAUAUGGGUAGUGGUUACUUCCCUAAAGAGGGGUUCUCGAAGGCAGCUUAUAUAAGAGACAUCCAAAUGCACAACUCUAUUGAUACUCUUGUGUACCCUCAAGAAAACAUUAUUGCAGGAAAACCACCUUGCUAUAAUUUAACUCUUGGCAUUGACAAUACUAAUCCAGAAUGGGGUCACUACAUGUUCUUUGGAGGUCCUGGGGGAGACAAUCCUAGUUGUUUGAAUUGAUUAUUAGCUAUUGCAA